CACCUCCCCGUACUCAGCGCCCUAGCGGCAAGCUAACAAUCGUCUCAUCGGUCGGGCCAGGCCGGUGUACUGACAAGGGUAGCUCGCCCCUCAGCUACGGAGUGCGCAGAAAUGCCCGCCGAGCAUUCUGCCAAUAGGAUGUGUGGUGUGCGGCUCUCGUUGGUUGUUCAAGCCGCCAUAAUCACCAAUCCUGCAAGCCACCGGUUAUAUUUGAGGGGGCGCCACGAGACCUUUAUCCACAAGAACAUAAGCCCCGAGGCAGACCACAUCCGUUCAGCUCCUGCCACAUUCCAGCCUGUAAAACACAACGAGUAAAGAUCACGCCGCUCCUGCGCCUGGCCCCGCAAAACCACACAGGCUGCCGCCUUUUCGACGACCCGACGAGUCCCGCCCGCGGGUAGAUUUGAGACUACAUAUGCAGGCAGGGCCGGGGUGAUCGCCCUGUAUUUAAAAUCUUUUGCUAUCCACUCUUUGCAGACCUCCGUGGUUCGAUAGAAACCAGUCGAUUCCCUUUUAUCGCCAAAUUUCCUUGGCCACAUUGUCGCCCCACAACCCAGAGCCGAUGCCCCGAUGCCCGACCAAUAUCAGAGGACUGGCAUGAACACUGUUCUCUUCUCCAGAGAUUCUUUUCCCGUGUGUUCGCGACAGACAACCACCAAUUUGCGACAGACCCCAUGGUCAACGACUUCAUGCCGCAUGCGAACCGACAACUAAAAAAGGGCUGGUCCGAGAUCCAGUUCCCAAAGUACAAGAACAGCAAGUACAACCUGGAGAGCAAGCUGAGCAUGAGGCCUGGACAGGGCAACUAUAUUAUACAUACCGUCGACGAUGCCUGGUUCGUCCAGACCAGCCAACCACUAUCCAGGGAAGACGUUGAGCGGCUCUCAACUCUGGAAAAGAAGACGCUCAAUAAGCUGCCCCCGCGGGAGGACGAGACUGAGGGCCGGCGCUGCCACCUAGACCCCAACCACGAGACGGCGGGCAUGCCCACAGCAGUAAGGGACAGGGGCAAUAGGACCGAUACAAUGGGCACGACAAGCAGCGCUCGGAGCUUGCCAUCGCUGAGGGGUAUAGCACGCCGGUUCAGCAACAAGAUAGGCGAUACCUUGGGCAGUCUUAGCAGACGGGGCUCUCUGCUGCACGAAGACCAACGAACAUCCCCAGUCUAAUAAUUUUCUUCUUUUUUGCUCGUCCUUGUCGUUUUCCUUCAUUCCACAACGCUUCCUUCCUUCCGCCCAACAACAUCAUUGAAUGGCCACUUUGGGCGCAUCAUCACAUCUGGGAUAAAAGCCCGGAAAACUAUCAGACAAGGCUGGGAGGGAGAUUGUGUCAUCAGCAGCCAUAGUCUUAAAAUACCCAUCCAUUAUCCGUCAAACUUGC